AUGCGUGUUUGCUUGACAGCCAUUGCCGCCCUUCUUUUGACUCAGAUCGUUCUUGGUCAAGAUGUAGUCCAAGAUGAUGUUGCUGCUACUACCUCUGUUGAAGUUGCCCCAGAAGGCACUGCUGCUCCAGAAGCUACUGCUGUUCCAGAAGAAGGUGAUGCUCCCGCUGCAGUUGAGAAGAGCAAUGCUGAAUUCCAGCUCUUGGCUGAUUUUGAUGCCACCCCCAUCGAAACCGCUCUCGAACUUGAACAAGAGUUCCAAAUCUUGAGCUGGACCAGCGCCAACCCCAUCAGCACUAAGUCCUUCGUCUUUGAGCUUGAAGCUCCCGCUCAUCUUCUGUUGACUGAUUUCAAGCAAAACGGUGAUUCCUUCAUGGUUUACGAUAACGGCGAGGUUAUUGGUGCCACCAGACCUGCUGUGACCACUGAAGCCUAUGCUGAAACUCCUGAAGACGCUGUUGCCGAUGCUUCGUUCAGUAAGGCUGCUUUCCCUCUUGCUCCUGGUGCUCACAACAUCACCAUUGAGGCUACCUCACCUUUCGAAUUUGGUAGCGCUGCUGUCCGCUUGGUUGCCAACGAACAAUCCUUGUACAAGGAGGAUGAUGAUGACGAGAAGGACGAACACCACAAAAACCACAAGGAUACUCACAGAAAAGGCCAAGGUCUUACAGCUACCGCCUAUGUUGAAGUCUCCAGCAUUGUCACCAAAUGGGUCACCCUGUUUGCUCCUGUCCCUACUCCCAUGGUAGUUCCUAGCAGUCUUCCCAGUGGAAACACUGGGCCGUCCUUCACUUUCGUCGCCACUGUCACAGCUCCAUCAGCUGCCUCAACUGAAGCCUCCUCUACUGAAGCCUCCUCUUCUGCACCCCCUGCUGUAAACACGGUUGUUAUUUAGGUUAAAUCAAACACCAAAUUGACAAGAGGAAUUCGCUCGCCCAAGAAGGCGAAACGAUGACCAUCAUAAAAAACUACGUUUAAAUUCCAACCUUACGCCCGCUCCCUCCGACCUCAACUUGUCUUCUCCAACUCUGAUACCAGCCUUUUCAUACUAGACAGUAGACGCAUUCCUUGUACUGCCGUUUUAAAUAAUGAAUACCAAAUAUUUUAAUUGUUCUAUUUAUCAUGGAUUUGUUUUGACAAUAUGCCCAAGUACGCUCUUCUGCAGCUUACAUUUUGAACAGUCAGUGCAUGAAAUAAGCCGGUUGUUAUUGGCCUAAAAGGCACACCCUU